AGUCUUAUAGGGGGCAGCACCGUUCACUUGCAUAGGUGAAUCUUCAGGCAUAACAUCGUGAAGAAGAAGGACAUCAACACACUGUUGUUGAUAAGUCUUCAGUCAGAAUGCCUUUUCAUUUCUGCCCCCAAUGCGGAACAAACUUGCAGCCGAAUUUUAAAUUUUGUCCGUCAUGUGGCGAAAAACUUCCCUGUCCUGAGGAGGGAACUGGGGUGGUCCCAACAAGUCAGUCAGCCGAUAAAUCUAGUCUCUCCAGUCCGGAGGUUGAAGCUGGGAAUGGUAAACCGACUUCCUUUCCCUCCUCAUUGGCUCCACGCCCUUCAUUGAGAACGACUCGCAAAUCCCUUAGCCAAGUCAUGGACGUGACAGAUGGGGCUCUUCCUGUGAUUGCCACCUGUCAUGUUAGUGAGGAUGACAAGACUGAUGAUGCAAUAAAGGAUACCAGUGCUGGCAUCCUGAAGUCUUCAGCAAAGAAGAGGAGAACUGAGAAGAACGAUCCGUCUCUCGUGAAGUCUCCUCGACCUGUCCGGGGGAAAUCAAACCAGUCUCCAGCAAAGCCCUUGGCUGAAGGACAGACUGAACAAGCUCUGUGCAGAUCUCCCAUCAAAGUCGGAGGACAGGCUGCUGAAGGACCGACUGGUCAAGCGUCACCCAAAGGUCGGUCCUCCACACAAGCUUUGACUCCUUCAAAAGGAAAAGGGAAGAAAACUAAAGGUGGUGCAUCUGUGGAGCCACUCUGCGAAGGAACCGAGCUGACCGAUACAAGCGGCAAGAAAUGGAUCCUUCUGCAAGUGCUGAGUCAGCGUGCGACAGAGAUCUAUUAUAAAGCCUCGUGUUCAGACUCAAAAGAAGCAGACUACGUUCUCAAGUUGGGGGCCAAAGAUGGAAGACUCUUCAAUGAGCAGAACUUCAUGCAGCGAGCAGCCAAGCCUUCAUCUGUGGAGAAGUGGAUGAAGCUGAACAAGAUGGAUUUCCUGGGGAUUCCCUCCUGUCUGGGCUUUGCUGUCCAUGCAGACUCCUACAGAUUCCUGACCUUUCCAAACAUGGGUCAGAGCCUUCAGUCCAUCCUGGAGGGAAACAAGUGUCUGCCAGAGACCACUGUCCUGCAGCUGGCAUGUCGACUAAUCGACGUUCUGGACUACAUCCACUCCAACGAGUACGUGCACGGGGAUAUCUGUGCGGAACACGUUUUCAUAAAGUCUGGACAAGAAUCCCAGGUGUACUUGGCAGGCUAUGGUCACUCCUUCAGAUACGCUCCCGGCGGGCAGCACGUGGAGUGUCGUGAGGGCAGCAAGACUCCACACGAGGGCACUGUCGAAUUUAUCAGCCUGGACGCUCACAAAGGCGCCGCUCCUUCGCGCCGCAGUGACCUGCAGUCUCUGGGCUUGUGCCUGCUGCGCUGGCUCACCGGGCCGCUGCCCUGGUCCGACCUCACCCAACCAGCUCAGGUGGCAACCCAGAAGCAAAAGUUCAUGGACGACAUCCCGGCUCUGAUGAGACACUGCUUUAAGAAGAACAGAGUUUCAAACCCAUUUCAGAAGUACCUGAGUGCUGUGGUGGCGCUGCAAUACUGCGAGGCACCGGACUAUCCAGGGCUGAGGGGUGGACUUGCAGAGGCACUGAAGAAGCUUGGGGGCGCAGUGGAGCAGCCGCUCAGAUUUAGCUGAACCAGCAGCUGCCAUGCAGCCACUCACCUCGCAGGAGGUUCAAAAAGGCGACACCCACCUGUUUUACAGACCAUUUCAAGCUCCUGCCGUGAAUGUCAAAGUGAUUUUGGGGUUGUCUUGUUUGCAGUUGCUUUGUUUUACUUGAAUCUUAAAUUGGAGUGAGAAGGUCCAUCAUAGGCCUUGUGUCACCCACCAGUUUUACAUGGACACUGUCACAUCAUGUUCUCUGCACUGUGAGGGGGCGUUCUCAAGGAGGGGGGCAGGAUUUCACUGGUUACUCAAGUCAAUUAUAUAAUUGUUUGAUUUUAUGUACUAAUGUUGAUUUUAUACAUCAGUUAGAGAAUAAAUCCAUGUUAAGACAUUAAAGCACAAGUGUUUAAUGACUAAGUUUCAUGGCAUGAACCUUCUCAAAAAAAGAUGAGCUGAAAUUUCAUUUAAAAUUCCUUUUAAACUAUGGUUAAUUUAUUUUGCCUGUCAAACCUUCUAUUUUCACCCCAUACUGGCCUCUUCCAACAGACUUUUCUUUUAAUACACCCUGCAGACGCCCGGGAAAUGAUGCUGGCGUCUACAGUAGCAACGAACCUGAGACUUCCUUGGAAUUAAAACAUAAAACAUUUUCCUGUAAUUUUAUUAUUCAUCUAAACUGAUCACUUUUUACGUAAGAUUUUAUGGACAUUUUAUCCGAAUUUGUCAACAGUCUGUCCCAAAAUGACGAUAUAUAUCAUUCACACGGGAUCAUUCACAAUAAAGGUGAGUCGAGAGUCUUUUUACUUUGUAGUUUCUAGUUAAAAAAAAGAAAAACAAAGUGUGGAGCUUUCAACCUAAAUUUUUAAAUAUUUUACAAAACUUUGCUAAACUAGCAUCAUAUGUCAUGGUCCCAGGAGUUUUGAUAAAUUUUACU